CGAGCCCGUCGUGAGAUUCUUCCAUUUCCACCCAUCUCCCUUGUGACAACCCUUAUGACAUUGUAAUCCUUGCUCUUCAACCAGCGACUUACUCGAUUACAAUCACCGCCAUCAUGAGGUUGUCACGUUUCCUUCAGUUACCAGUCCUUCUGGCUGCCUCGACCCUUGCCCCCGCGGUCCUCGCCGAGCACACAAGCAACUGGGCCGUCCUCGUCUGCACAUCACGAUUCUGGUUCAACUACCGCCACCUCGCCAACGUGCUCUCCAUCUACCGCACCGUCAAGCGCCUCGGUAUCCCCGACUCCCAGAUCAUUCUCAUGCUCCCCGACGACAUGGCCUGCAACCCGCGCAAUGCCUUCCCCGGAACCGUCUACAGUAACUCGGACCGCGCUGUCGAUCUAUACGGCGACAACAUCGAGGUGGACUACCGUGGCUAUGAGGUCACCGUCGAGAACUUCAUCCGCCUCCUGACUGAUCGUGUCGGUGAUGAGAUGCCCCGCAGCAAGCGCCUUUUGACGGACGACCGAAGCAAUAUCCUCGUAUACAUGACGGGCCACGGUGGAAACGAGUUCCUGAAGUUCCAGGAUGCCGAGGAGAUUGGUGCUUUCGACCUGGCCGAUGCCUUUGAGCAGAUGUGGGAGAAGAAGAGAUACCACGAGAUCCUCUUCAUGAUCGACACCUGCCAAGCAAACACAAUGUACAGCAAGCUCUACUCCCCUAACAUCAUCGCGACCGGCUCCUCGGAGCUCGACCAGUCCUCCUACUCGCACCACGCCGACAACGACGUCGGCGUCGCCGUCAUCGACCGCUACACAUACUACAACCUCGAGUUCCUCGAAUCGCAAGUCCAAGACCUGAGUUCCAAGAAGACGGUCGGCGAGCUCUUCGACAGCUAUACGUACGAGAAGAUCCACUCCCACGCCGGCGUGCGCUACGACUUGUUCCCCGGCGGCGCCGACGCCGCGCGGAGCCGUCGCAUCACCGACUUCUUUGGCAACGUGCAGAACGUCGAGGUCGACGGCGCCAAGAGCAUGGUCCUUGAUGAGGAACUGAUGGAGCUCAGCCAGAAAAUUGCCGCGCUGAAGCAGCGGGCCCAGGAGGCUGAUGCGGCGGCGAAGAAUGCGUCGUUGGUGGAGAAUGCCAAGGGGCGGACGCCGGAUGUGAAGACGAGGGCCAAGAGGGUGCAGAUGGCCAAGCCCCUCACGAAUGAGAAUUGGUGGGAGAAGAAGAUCAUUGGGGCCACGGCCUUGAUCGGUUGCGCGCUUCUCUGGGCUUUGGGGUCGUACUACGAGGCACCAAGGAAGAGGGCUGAUACUGCUAAGACGACGUCGGGGCAAAAUGGCCAUGCUAUCGUGAAAGCAUGAUCAUAUUUCUUCCCGCUUUCUUGUACUUUUAUGUCUUCAGUUCACUUGCACGAGGUGCAUUCAGCCUGGCGUUUCUUGGGAUAGGGAAGGGAAAGGUUCAUCUAUUAAUCGGGAGCUGGUUUCAGGCUUCAUCAAUCACAAGCAGAAACUCAUGACUGGUUCAGAAAUGAAGAGAAAAUCCAAUAAACUACAUGAUCAUGCCCAUUUGUGGCCUCUAUAUAAA